UCAAGUUUACAGUGUAGGCAAAGUCAUCCUUUCGAGAGGGGAGUUAAGUUUCAACUUGAUAAGAGGAUGACAUCGGCGGUCAGUUUCAUGGUAACAUUACGUCGGUCAACAUAGGAUGAUUGAAUAUACGGAGCGCUAUUUCCGUGGGUUGGAUUUGUGGUCGUUGGGGGUUGAUGAAGCUUUCGUCAAUGCGACUAUUAAUGGAUUGCGAAGCUAUUUCGUGUACUCAAUAUCGGAUGAAUGUGAUAAGUGUCCCUAUACGAAGGUUCGCGAGAUUAAACCGGCAAAUGGUGAUGGCAAUGUUUUCAAACUGGACGUCUCACGGAAGCUAGGAUUUAAAAUAUUCGAUAGAAAUCUUGGAAAAUAUGCAUUUGACAACGAAUCUUUUGUGUGCCAGUUUGACGCAAAUUUGGGAGAAUUCGGUGUAUAUGAUUUGACAAUUGAUGAUAGUGUCACACGAUUUUGCUCGUUGGAAACAGCCAAACAGCCAGUUAACAUUUAUUUGCCUUUCCUAACCAUCGCUCUCGUUGUUCUGGUCCUGACCACUGUUUUGACAUGCGGUUUAAAAUUUUACCAUCGAAUCAGUUCCACACAGUUACCACUCGCUCCAGCAAGUCCCACUAGUGAACCGACGACUAAUGAACCACGAAAAGUGCGUUUGCGAAGCUUGGACACCUUUCGGGGAAUCGCUAUUAUGCUAAUGAUAUUCGUCAACAGUGGAGGUGGCCAUUAUUGGUGGAUGGAACAUGCCACUUGGAAUGGAUUGCACGUGGCUGAUCUAGUGUUCCCGUGGUUUUUAUUUAUAAUGGGCGUUUGUAUUCCAAUAUCCCUGCGUUCACAAGUCGGUAGAAAUAUUCCUCGCAGAAAAAUUCUCGCGAAUGUUGCUAUGAGGUCAUUCAAACUAUUUUGCAUCGGGCUGUGCUUAAAUUCGAUCAACGGUCCCAAAAUGGCCGAAUUGCGAUUGUUUGGUGUAUUGCAGAGGUUCGGCGUUGCGUAUUUUGUUAUUUCUGUGAUUCAUCUUUACUUCUACACCGAGAACAUACAACUGCAAAGCAAUUUAGCUAGGCAUAACAUUGAUAUCCUACGCUUAUGGAAACAUUGGGUCAUCAUGGGAGUUAUUGUCCUCAUUUAUCUGUUGAUCUUAUUUCUAGUUCCCGCCCCAGGUUGCCCAAGUGGAUACUUCGGUCCGGGAGGAAAACAUCUGAUGGUGUUGCAUCCCAACUGUACCGGUGGAAUUACAGGAUAUAUAGAUCGUAUCAUUCUUGGCAACAACCAUAUUUACCAGCACCCAACUGCUCGAUACGUAUACGAUGCGUUAGCUUUUGAUCCAGAAGGACUAUUUGGAUGCCUACCAACGAUACUGCAAGUAUUCCUAGGACUGCAAUGCGGCAUGCUCAUACUUACCCAUACGGAAGUUACUGCUCGAAUCCGGCGACUAACCGCCUGGGGAAUAGUUCUAGGAUUACUCGGUGGAGUUUUGUGCAGUUUCAGCAAAAAUGACGGUUGGAUUCCAGUCAACAAGAAUCUCUGGUCACUGUCCUAUGUUAUGACUACAGGUUCGCUAGCAUUUUUCCUAUUGCUUAUCUGUUUUGUUCUGAUUGAUGUGAAACGAAUCUGGAGUGGGAAUCCGUUCCUGUAUGCGGGCAUGAAUGCAAUUAUUUUGUACGUAGGACAUACCGUUUUCCAUAAAAUGCUUCCGUGGCACUGGAGAAUAGGGCUUAUGAAUACUCAUUUUAUGUUAAUGUGUGAAGCUCUUUGGAACGCCGUGCUAUGGAAUGGAAUCGCUUACUAUUUGUUCGAGAAAAAGAUAUUCUAUAGCGUGUAAGUCAUUGAGAAAUGUAAAAUAAAAAUAUAUCAUCGUA